AUGGGGUGGCUUCUCGACGACGUCGCCACGCAAGAACGGGUGGGUGUGCGCAACAACAUCGCGGACAUGGAGAACGAUCCCUUCUACAACUUCAUCGAGGCCACCUACGUGUGGCACAUCGUGGCGUCCGUGCUGCUGCUCUACGCCCUCGGAGGCUUCCCCUGGGUCGUCUGGGGCUUCGUAAGGCUUGUUGGGAAGGCAGUUAAGUGGGUGGGGCUGCUGGCGUUUGGCGAGGGGUGGCACAACAACCACCACGCGUUCCAGUACUCGUGCCGGCAUGGGCUGGAGAAUCACCAGGUGGACAUGACGUGGUACACCAUCAAGCUGCUCGAGGCUGCAGGGCUCGCCACCCAGCUCAAGUACCCCCAUGAGAAGCACAUGAAGCGCCUCUCCUUCCCGGACCAACCAGCCCCCCAGCAGUAG